CGACUUUGACUACGAAGAAAAGGUUGAGCUUGUCCGCGUAGAAGCUUUGGAAGCACGUAAGAGACGCCGAAACAGUUUUUACGUCACAAGCAGCGCCACCUUCGUCGUUUCAUUCAUCUUCUGGAUUUGCGCUAUUGAAUUCUACGUCAUCUUCAGUCUUGGAGGAGAAGAAGCUGGUGGGCGCCAGGAGCACGACUCGGCUGUGUUGUAAUUUCACAAGUUUGUGUUCAACUGAACGCGCUUCGAUUUUAUCGCAGUCGAGGAAGCAGUUCGAUUUUACAAGACUUUACGGGAUUCGCCUUGAAAAGAGAGCAAGUUCUUGAAUUUUGAAAUUUGAUUCUUGUGAUCAUCUUCGCUUGGUGACGAGCCCUGAGGAUCGACAAGAAGAUCAACUUACCAGCUGCAAUAGCGGAAUUCACAGCUGCUGGAUAACUUCAACAACAUCAGAGGAAUUAUUCAAGAAGCAACACUCCUAAAUAAGCCAUGUCCUCCUCGGUCGCAAUAGCAGGAGCGCCUGCAGCAAAGCGGCAGAAGGUCGACGGCCUUUCUCUAGGACACGUCGUUGCCAAAGAAGAUGAGCAGUCACAGAAGAAGGCGCAAAUCCUCCUAGACUAUCUCCGCAAGAAUCGGCGACCUUUAAACGUCAUUUCCAUCGUGGAUAAUAUGCACGGCGCUUUAUCCAAAGCCGACGUGACAGCGCUAGUGUCCUCUUCGAACCCCGAUGUCAUGCCCUAUCUCCUUCGCAAGGAAAUGGGUAAAAGCUGUGCAUUUUUGUACGUAGGGCUGCCUGGGGAACGCGCUGCAGCACAAACAGUGCCGGAAGAGAAAAAGAAAGCGUUUUUGGAAAAGUACUUCUGUUUUGGAUGAAUUAAAUAGGAGAGUACUUACUUAAUAAGUGUAAGAAGGCUAUUUUUUUUCCUCGAGCGACAACAUAAUUGUGCUGAACUAUAGAACCAGAAACUCCUGGCACUGCAGUAGAGGCGGAACACUGGCGCUCCAUUAUGAUAAUGACUCCUGAUGCUUCAUCCACCCUAGGUACUUGUCCGGAACUCCUGGCACUGCAGGAGAGGAGGAGACUCUGUUUGGGCAGUUUUUGCCGCUUGUUGAACAGGAGUCAGCGGCUAUGAAAAGUCGCAUUGCGACACUCCAAGCAAAAAUCAAUACUGCGAAAGAAGCUCAAAGAAAGCAGAAAGAGGAAACGCGCUUAAAGGACCGCUGGCUUGCAGUGCAGAAGGAGCAGGCAGAUCUUGCGAGACAGAAGGCGGACGUUGAAAAACGAUUGACGCUUGCGGAAGUAAAUGCGAAGAAUGCCUCAUGCUCUUCCUCAUCUGCUAGUACCGAAGUGGACCAAGUGUUGAAAAAGUUUGAUCUUUGUCUCCGAACAUGGAUCAAGCGGAAAAAAGCAGCCCUGGAGCUCGCAGAUGCUUUGCUUACGGCCUGCUGCGUAAUGAUUAAAACUUUCUGCAUUUCAUUGACAUUGAUUGUCUCUAUCAUUGUCGUGUCCACUAUGUUGACCAUGAUGUCUCGACAAGGAAACAAAUCAGUGACAUAUCACGUAUCAAAAACAAAUAAAUCAAUAUUCUUUCUAGAUGAGAUGAUGUAUCCGGUUCCGGAUUAAGUUUAUUCUUCACCUUCAGUCUAGUAUAAACAGGGAUCUACCAGCUGCACUACCUCUAACUUAAUCGGCGAAGGCGAUGUUGCACGUGCAGAUUUUUUGGACUCUCUUGGGAUGUUAGGAGACAAGGAGGAAAUUCCUGCGGAGACUCUAGCUAUGAUGUCUAGGGAAGAUGUUACAACAUUGAAAAUUCCAAAGGAUUAGAUCCUGCUACCUAAAUCUAAAGAUUGUUCUUGUGAGAUGAGUUACUUCAAGAAGAGUAGAGGGGUAGAAGUAGUUCCUGUCUCUACUAUGCUUAGUAGCGUGGUCUCUUCAAUGUGGUUGUAGAAAUCAUUUGGGUGUGAUGAGUAAAUAUUCAGAGCUUCCUUUCGAAGAAAUAUAUUGGUCUACUGAAAAUAAGCACUAACCAUUUUGUAUAGUCCUAGAACGAAAUCAAUUUUGCAUCAUCGUAGUAGAAUAUAAGUGUAGAAGAAAGAAGUAUGAUCGUCAAGAUCAAAAUGAAUACUAAUCAAUGCAACAAAAGAGGACGUGCAAGUCAAUACACCUUAAUAGUUUUAGCAGUAAGAGUCACUAAAAAGAAGUAUCAACAAGCAUCGCGUCGAAACUACAAGUAAUGAAAAUGUACCUAGAGGGCCACUUGUUGCCACCUUUCGACACUUACUUUGGUAGAAACUACAGACCUCUUCUCUUGCAGAUCGUUUUUUAUUUCGCAGCCAAGAGCAAGAGCAUCGUUGAUCAUUAUAAGAAAGUCGAAAAGCACUUGCGGAUGCCUUCGUUUUACGAAAUAUUCUCCCAGACAAACAAGGAGAUAAUGAGGUUCGCAGAACUUCCACUCAUGUUUUAAGAGGAGCACUAGGCUCAAAAGAUCUAUGCACUAGCGUCGAAAUCCGAUCUGCCUUGAGCGCUAGCCUAAGCCCGCACACAAGUGCAGACCUAUCGAUAUGCGGCCGAAUUGUCUCCCUGUGAAUCAAUAGAGUAGUAUGCAUCGAACUCCAUACCGAAGACGAAG